AUGUAAAUUACAUAAAAUUCACACUCACCACCACCUAUAAAAAAACAGCAUCUCAAAUUGCAUGUCUAGCCUAUUUAAUUGCCAGAUGCAAAUGUGUUGAAUAGGACUGUGGGCAAUUCAGAUCCUGAGAUUAGUAGUAAGAUAAUUAAGACAGAAAGAAUUACAGCAUUUAAGCAAAGCAAAAAGUUUCACAUUAAAUAAGUUUAAAACAACACUCAUAAUCGAUUAUAAACAAAUCAUCCAAGGCUUUUGUUAUAAGAGAAUGAUGGUUUAUCUCUGAUAUUGCAGAAACAAUCCUUGACAACAACAUCUGAGAAGAUUAUCACAAAAUAAUUAGUCACUGAGUUGAAAAACAAAAUAGAUUAGUAGGACUCCAUCAUUAGAUUAUAGGAGUUCAAAAUUAAUAGAUUAUAAUAGGAACUGUUAUCAUAAAAAUACUAUUGCUCAAAUUUAUUAGCUAAAAUAUUUUAAAAUGAUCCUAAAAAUUAAUACAUAAAUACACUGAAAGUUCCAAAAAUAGGAUUUCAAAUUUAAGAGAAUACUUAAUUAAGUUCCUUAUAGCCAUCUUUAUUAAAGCCAUCCAAUAAUCUUGAUUAAACAAGAAUUAAAAAUUUGCAAAAUCAAAUUAUAUCACUCAAACUGUAAUAGUAAGAAUUCAAAAAUUUUAUCAAAGAUGCUUUUUUCUCAUUUAAAAAGAUUAUUUAAUCCUUUGAAACACAAUCAAGAGAAAAGAUUUAAGGAGUUCAAACUGAGCAUAAAUUACUUUUGAACUCUCUUGAAGAAAUUAUCAAAACGAAUAACAUAAAUAAAACAGAAGAACUAAGCAAAAUCAAUCAAAAAGCUGAAAUUAUUUGUUAAGAGUAUAUUCUUUCUGAAGCAUAAAAGGAGGUCUACUAUUAAAAAUGUCUUUCAUUGUUAGGUUGA